AUGACUGCAGGUGACCGCUCAAGUCCAUCGCCUACUGAUGAUGUUGUCACAAGUGAGAAGUAUACCGAGACAAGUCUAGAUGACGGACCUCAAAAUGUCAUCAUCGCCUCGCAACAGGAUCUCGAAAAUAUCCCCGAAAUCGACCAUGCCGCCGAAGCCAAGUUGGUUCGGAAACUCGACCGAUACAUCAUUCCGCCUACUAUGCUCCUGUACCUCGUCAGUUUCCUCGAUCGUGUAAAUAUUGGAAACGCGCGCCUUUAUGGUAUGGAAGAAGAUCUAGGACUCCAUGGGUCCCAAUUCCAGACCGCAGUCUCCAUCCUGUUCGUGACUUAUGUGCUACUGGAAGUUCCUUGUAACCUAGUUAUCAAAAGGCUGCGACCCUCUCGCUUUAUCUCCGCCAUAACAAUAGGAUGGGGUAUUGUCGCCACCCUCACGGGCAUUGUGCAGAGUUACGGGGGAUUGAUCGCUUGCCGUCUUCUUCUGGGGGCUUUAGAGGCAGGAUUGUUCCCAGGAAUGACAAUAUACCUCACAAUGUUUUACACAAAACGCGAACUCGCUCUUCGCGUCGGUUAUCUCUUCGUGUCCGCCGCGAUAGCUGGUAGCCUCGGAGGUUUAUUAGCUUACGGAAUUGGUUUCAUGGACGGCGUUGCUGGUGAAUCUGGAUGGAGAUGGAUCCUGAUCAUCGAAGGGAUUCCGAGCGUUGUGCUGGGAUUCAUCGUGUUCUUCUGGCUAGCAGACUCCCCUGAGACCGCAUACUAUCUGACGCCUGCGGAGAAAGAUUUGAUGCUUAUAAGAAGACGUCGUCAAAUUGGCCAUACCACCUCUGGAGAUCUAUUGCACAAGGAAGACGUGAUCAAGGCACUUAAGGAUUGGAAGAUCUGGAUGUUUGCAGCCGGUCAAUUUGGUGUUGAUACAUUGCUUUACGGUUAUUCCACGUUUCUCCCAACCAUCAUCAGGGGUCUGGGAACGUGGUCGACACCUCAAGUCCAAGCACUUACUGUCCCCUGCUAUGCCUUGGGUGCCGUUACUUAUCUGACGGUCGCGUACUUUUCGGAUCGAUACCAACAGCGGUUCCUCGCCAUUGCUCCAUUCGCAAUCAUCAGCAUCAUUGGAUACGGCAUUCUCAUGGCUGACGUCGCGUCUGGAGUUCACUUCUUCGGCUGUUUCUUGGUCGCUACAGGUCUGUAUGUCUCAGUAGGAAUACCGCUCGCCUGGUUGCCAAGUAACCAACCUCGGUAUGGCAAGCGAACCACGGCCAGCGGAAUGCAAUUAACCAUAGGUAAUUGUGCUGGGAUCAUGGCUCCGUUUCUUUACAAAACAAACGAAGGACCGCGAUAUAUCCGGGGUCAUGCGGUCUCCUUGGCAAUGGUUGCAGCGGCAGCUAUAAUAUAUGCCAUCAUGUGGGCCUACUUCCUGGCUGAAAAUAAAAAACGCAAGGCAGGAAAGCGAGAUGCAAAAAUGGUUGGUAAGACGGAGGAAGAAAUUGCGGAAAUGGGCGACGAGAAUCCGCGGUUCGUGUUUACGUACUGA